CAUGUUGACAGAUGAGGGGCGCAGUGCAGUAGAGUAAAACCUGAGAUGUUAAACUUUGCUCCGCACGGCGUUGUUGUCGAACUAAUAAAAGAAAGCGAAAGUCACUUUAAAACUGAAUGCUAACUACAGGGUGGUUUGCUGUAACCGAUUUCUUUGGAGACAAAUCCAAAGGACAACAAAGCUGUGUGCAAAUAUAAAUGGCGCAAAGAUGGCCGCCAUAAGACAGAACCUUCAGCAAGAGCUGUUCAGACCAAACGAAGAAGCCCUGUACUCUGUAGUGAAUGUGGAAAAACUUAGUGGUGGUAAAAAGAAAAAAGCAACAUUUCUUUGUGCAGCAGUUACAAAGGAAAAGCCUUUUCAAGUUAGGAUUUAUAAAGUGCAGAAGUCAGAGAAAGAAGUCUUUAAAAAGAAGCACUGUUGGCAACUCACAGAUUUGAAAGUAGUUGAUGGUAAAAACAGUAAACAGGACUGUCUCGAGUUUGAUCUUCAAUUUGAAAAAGUUUACCACUGGGUUGCCAGCAGAACAACUGACAGAAAUGAAUUUAUAGAGACACUGUGGAUGCUUGGGAAACGUUAUGGUGGGAGCAAAAAACCUGAGUUUAAAAAUGUCAGCCAACAUAUUCUUGAAGGCGAUCCAUCAGACAGAAUUCACACAGUUGUUAAAGCCACUCAACCAAUUGGAAGCCAGGAGGGACAAGAGGAUUAUCAAAAGUUGACGCCGAAAGAAGAAAAUGAUUUGAAUACAAUACUAGGUCAAUUUGAAGACGCGCUUACAAAUGUUGAAAUAUUCACAGACCAACUAUCGUCGGAACUACAAGAGUUGGAAUAUAUCAAUAUUACAUCGCUCAUGGGUUCAGAACAGCAAGCGAAAGACUUACUUUCUUUAAUCGAUAAGAGUGUGGAAGAAUUGAACCAGUUAGAUGAUCGGUUGACAUUUUAUGAUGACUGCUUGCAGAAAGUAGGUGAUCAGAUGGGACAAAUGGAGUUUAAAGAUAAUAGAAUGGAAAUUGAGCGAACGUCUAACAAGAAGUUGUUGGAAGAGAUAAAGUAUAUUGUAGGCAAACUAGAUAUAUCGCAAAGACAUAUUCGAUCUUUACGCGAAGGAGAUUUGUAUACACCUCUCGGGAUUGAAGAAUGUAUUUCUGCAGCGAAAAUUCUGCUCGUUGCAUUUCACACGCAAUUCAAUCCAGGCAUAGCUGAACUCAGAGCUGUCCAAGAUCAACUUGCGAAUAUCACAAACUUAAAGGCUGAAUUUGCGCAGCGUAUUUACACGCAUUUAGACAAGUUCAUUUCACAGCACAGCAACAUCGAUGGUGUGUCUUACAAAUUCAAUAGCGACUUGAGCUUACAACCUCAUGACUCUGUCCACGAUGAUUUCCUGCCAUAUGUUGACCUGAUGAAGUGGUUAAAAGAUUUGGAUAAUUCUAAAUAUCUUGAGAUCAAAGCUCAUUAUGAGAAAUCUUUUACGUUGACAUAUGAAAAGGAAUUUAAGGAAUAUCUUGAAGUUGCGAAACUGAAGGCUUCCAUGAAAGUUAAAGGAGGAAAAUCAAGCCACUCCUUGACAAGUGUACACAGUCACGAGCAGAUCGGUCCUGUCAAGUCAAAAAGUGGGCUUAGUAGGUUUCGUAAGGAAUCAAAGUUGAAACGAUCUCCAUCGAAAGAAUCGAUUGAUUCGAUGGCUUCUGUUGAGUCUUCGUCAUCGAGUUUUGCAGGGACUGCUACAUCGACGCAAUUUGAGACAGUAUUCGAUGUUAUUUUGUCUGAAUUGGAACCCUAUGUAUCAGCAGAACAACAGUUUUGCACUUUAUUUUUUCACCUUCGUUAUCCAGGAGACAAUUACAAGGAAAGUCCUGCUGAGCUGCCCACCGACAUCGCUGAUGGCGCCAUGCUAAGUACAGGAAGACCACCACGUGCGGCACCACACCAUGAUGUGACUGUAAGGAAUGUUGAUGAAGUUCGAGAUAUGAUGAAGAACAUAUUUGGGUUUCUGGAUGUGGAACUUCAAAGUUUUAUUUCUUUUGGUGAAAGCCUGCAUCCGCAUAAUAUUCUCUAUGCAAUGUAUCGCAUUCAAAACCAAGCUUCUCAUCUUGUCACGAGUCAAUCAACUGGUGCUCCGCCGACAUUUUUGGGAACAUUGUUUGGUGGAUGGCUGGUCUGUACAAAGAGAUGCUUUGAUAAAUACAUUGAGACGAUGUGUCGCCACAUAUCUGAACUUCGUGUGCAGAAAAAGAAACGUACUGGAAUACUACCAGACGUCGUUACCGUAGAGAAAUUUUUUAAAGCAUCUGAGCAUAUAUUUCGUGGUUCUGAGAGAAGAGUGGAAAUCGACAAAGCCUAUCAGAAAUUAAUUCAAAUCUUAUUCGAAAAGAUAGAACACGUGGCAGAAGAGAACGACAAACCUCCACCAGAAAUUGUCAUGUUUGAAAACUAUCAUUACUUACACGGUGUAAUUCGUGGGUUGAAGAAUACGAGUUUAGAAAACGAGAAGAAACAAGCUGAACAGAAUUACUACGAUGCCAUGCAUCAGUAUAUAUUAACAAGACUUGGAAGACCUCUCGACAGAAUGAGUCGCUUCUUUCAAGGAGUUGAGUCAUGCAUCAAUUCUGGCGUCCGCAUGGAAGACAUAGGAUACCAAUUAGCGCUGAAUCAGCAAGAAUUAAGGAAUGUCAUCAAAGAAUAUCCACCGAAGGAGGUAAAGAAGGGGUUAGAGCUACUUCACAAAAAAAUCGAAAAAUACGUCACUGAAGCGGGAUUAACACAGGUAUUGUGGCACAACCUUCAAGAAGCUUUUGUGCGUCAGUAUGAACGGUAUCAAGAACUUGUUGAACUCUGUUACCCAAACUCUAAUAUAAAACUUCCUGUUACAAUUAAAGAGAUACUCGAGUUUUUUUCCAACAUCGCACAAUCUCAUUAAGUGGUAUGUGAGGAGAUGCUGUCUCAUGUUAUGUGCUGUAAAAAAAUUGGAAACAGAGAACUUUUUGCGUAUUUAUAAAUUAUUUUUUAUAUGAGAAAUUAAUUUUAUAUAUUUUUAAGUUAUAUAUCUGCAAGUACUUGGACGAUGGAAAUUUAUUUUGUCAGUUGUGUUAAAUUAGCAUGACACAAGUUAUGUGGAGAAGUGAGAUGUUUUUUUAAGAUCACAUCAUGUUAUGUGGAAUUUCCAAAAUAAGGGAAAAAGUAUUCGAGGUAUCAAGCUAUUGAAAAAUUUAUUAGUUGCCAGUGAUAAAAGUGUUUGAAAUACGGAGAUUCUUUCAAUCUACGCUACUUUUAACACCUUUUAAUGAAUUUGAUCUAAAGAUCUUUUUUUAGUAAUUUCAAUCUACACUGUGGUAAAUAUAGAAAGAAAAUACAAUGUUAAUAAUUUGAAGAAAAAUCGAAUUUUUGUUUCUGUUUAAUGUUAACUGCAGUAAAUUUUUGUCACAAAAAAUCUUUUUUUGAUUGCGUUACGUAACCGUUUAGUUGCAAAUCCUCCAACAUUUGCGGUUUCCUGUAUAAUUGAUCAUUUUUCUCUCCGCGCUACCUGCGACUUACUAAUUGUUCUGGAUGCCUUAAACUGAGCAUACUUUUGCAAGAACUUAUUUAUCAGUUAUUUCCUUGUUUUGUACAAAUAUCUCAUAUGA